AUUUGUCUGUAAAUAAAGUGAAAAAAGCACGUUGCACAGCAUGUUCGGUGAAAUCUCUCCGCGAGUCAAUGACUGAAAAUCUAAAAAUACACGCGCGAUACGAAACACUAGAAAUGACCGAAUUUAGAAACUGAAAAUUUAGCCCGUAACUAAAUAUAACCUUUACUCGGCGUUGCAACGCACAGUCGGCGAACGCACGUUCUGGUGUUAACUAGGCGCGAAUGUUAACCAGUUAGAUUGUGUGUGUUGUGAACUGAUCGAAAAAUCGAACGCAACCAUGUCCGGCGAAAUAUCACCCGCCGUGAAGAAAUGCUGCGGAAUCCUGCAGAACUCCGCCAGCGACACCGAGAAGUUUGCCGCCCUUUUCAUGGUCACCAAACUGUUGAAGGGGCGCGACUGCAACCCCGCCGCCAAGAAGGCCGUCUUCGAAGCAAUCGGUUUCGACUUCAUCAACAGAUUGUUGCUUACCGAUGAUGUACCAGUGGACUGUCCACCAACAAUUUAUAGGUCUAUUGCUUUGUCUAUUCUCAGUGUGUUCUGUGGGGAAGAAGGGAUUGCCACACAAAAGUCUAUUUUGGAUCAUGUGAAGACUUUCCUGGAGAUUGUCGAACAAGCUGAUGAUGUGGAGAAUGAUGACAAUCUGAUGGCUAUCGGUGAUGCCUAUAAUUGUCUCAAAGGCAUUGCUAAGUACGAACCGGGUCAAAAAGCCCUCAUGGAUGCUGGAGGCAUUGACAGACUGAGUGAUAUUUAUGCUUCGGCCAGUUUUCAGUCAGAUGAAGCUCUUAACAUAAUGGCUUUGUUGGUUGCCAGAAAAGGGGCGACAUCCUGGGAUCCUAAAGAUCCUAAGGCUUUCCAUGCGUUAGUAAAUAAAAUCUCGUUAGACUUUGAAACUGACCAAGACAAAAGGAAAUUUGAACUUUGUGAAGUAUUAAAUGCCUUAAUCUACAACUGCCCCAGAAAAUUAAUAUCAGAUUCAGCCAACACUGAAUCCUGGCCUCAGUAUUUGUACAAAGGUCUAUCAGACAUUUUACAAAGUAAAAUUGGUGCUCAACAAAGAAACCCUGCUUUAAUCUUGGCUGGAAGCAUACUGGACCUUCUUGGUGUGGAAUUCCUCCUCCAGGAUGAAGAAAAGGGCAAACAAAUGCUCUUACUGUUAAUUCAACUAGCUGCUAUUGAAGUCAGAAUGCAACUGGACGGCAAAAACUUAAAGGCAGCAGCAGCAAAUGGCAACCUCAUCACCGCCUGCUACAUAAUCCUAGAAGUCUGCAUCAAUUACAUCUCCACAGACCAGCUGGAUCUGGAUCAAAAGGAAAAACAAACUUUGUACACCGGUUUAAAGGGGGCGUUCACAGCCAUCAUAAAUCUCCUAAUUAAAGUCAAGGCAGACAAAAACAAGCCGGCCAACGAAGAAAAAUUGUUCGUGUGCGCCACAAUUCGAGUUCUGGCCGCUUGGCUGGCCCAAGAAACUUCGGCGAUGCGUCUACAAGUCUACCAAUUGCUUCCCUACAUCCUCGAAGUCGCCAACGAAACCUUCUACGCCUACAGGGCGAGGAAAAUCGCCGAAAAAGCCGGCACCCCCAUCGACAAAGACCCUCUGAGCAACGUGGACAUCCUCAGGAUCCUCCUACCCGGACUGUGCCACUUGGCGGUCGAAGACCCAUCCAGGUCCAUCAUCUUGAAGAGCAACGAGGACAAAGUGCUGCUCGAAUUUUUGGAGUUCCACUGGACCAUCGUGCACUACAAGAGGCCACCCGUGCCCAGAUCCGAACGAUUGAAGAUGCUCAACCAACCCAAGCCCGAGCUCACGCCCGAAAUGCUGGAGGACAUGAAGGACUCCAGGACCGCCAUGAUCAGCACGUGCAACGUUCUGAUGAAUCUCACCGUACUGGAGGCCAAAUACGUGGAGAACUCCGAGGUUUUCAACGAUCUGAUGAAGUUCCUCUUCGAGAAUCUACCCGAACUGAAGGACAUACCCGAGAAUCUGGUGUUGCACGGCAACUUGGCUGUGCUCGGACUGUUACUCUUGAAGCAGCUGUCGAGUAAAGUCAAGAAGAACGACUUCUCCAUCUGCAGGUACAUUCAGGCUACAAUCCGCUUCUUGUGGAACGCUUACAUCAUCGACGAGUCGAACGACCCAACCGCCUUAGUGGUGUCGAUGUCCUACAAAGAGCACUGGAUGGAAAUCAUGGAACUGUGGUUCUUGGGCAUGCAGACCAUUUCCGGUGUCAUCGCUCAGAUCCCCUGGAUAUCGGAGUUCGCCAUUGAAAGCGGCUGGGCCGAGGGGAUCGUUCAAACGUUAAAGAAGGUGAAGAUCGGCACUCUGCCGCCCAACGUUAAAUCGGCGUACGAAGAUUUCCUGUGCCAUCUCGUCGACGCCAACGAAAGCGUCGUCGAAGUUUUGAAAAAGGCUGAGGCAUUGAGAGUGUGCAGGAAUCACAGAUUAAUGGAGUUGGGCAAGAAGCUGUUUGGAGAUUAAACUUAAUUGUUUCAGAUGUUCCUUUUAUAUAAUUUAUAAAAUUUUAUAAAAAAUAUUUAGUAUUAUGUUAUUCUCAAGUGUUGUUGGAUGUUAAAAUUUUUAUAAAAUCACUUUUAUUUAUGAACAACUUUUAUAUGCUUUGUUUGGAAAUUAUUGUAACGUAUUUUUGCAUUUAACAGAGUGUAUAUUCAAAUUUUUUAUACAUAGAAAACGUAUUUUCUACUUUAAUGAUUUCAAUAAAUACUUGUGAGUUAAAAUUA